GCCCCCAAACCCCAAACACAACCAACACACCAAACCACAAACCACAAACCACAUUCCAAACACUUAAAUUUAGCCUUUGCUAGAGCUUUAGAUCACUAAGCUCAGAAAGAAACAAUGAAGACCACCACCUUCUUCUCCAUGUUCAUCCUCCUCUCCCUUCUCUUGGCCACCACCAACAAGGCAGCAAUCCCCUGUGGCACGGUCAACAUGAGGGCGGCACCCUGCGUUCAGUAUGCCACAGGCAGGGCCCCGAACCCGGGACCUCAGUGCUGCAACAGCUUGAAACAGCUGUCUCAGGUUGUGAAGACGGUGGAUGACAAGAAGGCCGCAUGCCGCUGCCUCAAGGCCAGCGGCAAGACAUUGGGUGUUCAGGACAGGUUCCUUAGCAAGAUCCCUCAAACCUGUGGCAUCAAUGUCGGGUUCCCUGUCUCUACAUCUACCAAUUGCGAGACGAUUCAUUAAAUGAGACGGGAGCUACGGGAAAUGAUCAAGAAAGAAGUAGAACUUUUCAUAGGUUUUUCGAAUAAAACAGUUCUAGAGGCAAUGUAGUAGAAUGUGGUCUUAGCUCCAGACCCUUGUUGUAUUUGCUUUGAUGGCAUAUCAUAUGUAUGAUGCUCAGAACCCAUGUCAACCUGAAUGGGUUUUGGUUUAAUAAUACAGAGUUUGUUACCAA